GAUGGCGGACAGUGGGGAUUUCAGCUGUGUGUAAAUAAAGCAUCAGGUUUAAAAUGAGUAGAACUAUGAACUGUUAGACUGACUUAUCGAAAUGUUAGAUGGAUUUUUAGAUGAAAAUAAGUGAUACUGCGAGUAAUGACCGGCUAUGAGAAUACAUUGAGCUAAGCUGAGGGAUGGAGAGUGACUGCAGGAUUCCCAUGUCAUGUUUAAGACCCAGAGUCCUGGUUCUGCAUGCACUGUUUUGGGGCUUGGUGUCUCUCAGAGUGUUUGGGGCAGCAUUUCUUGGUGAAGAGAAAACCCCAGCAAUAAAGGCCGCGUCUAUGCCAUGUUGGCAAGUAGAAGAGUUUGUAGUUGCAACAGAAUGCACCGCGUGUUAUGGUAUUGAAAUGAAGUCACUAGCUGCCUGUAGCCAGACAGGAUAUGUGGAGAAGAUUAACUGUACAAAGUCUAACAAAGAAGAGUACAAGAGUUGCCGCUCUGCAGUGAUGGAGGAAAACCUCUUUUGGAAAUUUGUGGGCACCAUGUUGGGCUUGACUGUUUUCUUUGCACUUGUAGUGAUUGCACGGCAGCGAACCUUAGAUCGGCAAGCCUCAGAUAAGGUUCGCCGGCAAAUUGAAUCCAUUUAAUAGUCUGAGCUGUAUACAGAAUUAUGAUGUACACAUGUGAGGACACGAUCCAGAGUGCUCCAUGGUUACAGCAUAUUGUCAGUGUUAUAGCACAUCUUUAGUUACCAUUUCACUGGACAUUAAUGCACAAGCUUUGUUUGGAAAAGCUACAUGCAUGGACAAAAUGUUCUUUUGCAUUUAUGACACCUUGUUGCUUUUAUGCAAAAAUUGUACAGUGAAUUUGUUGGAACUGUGAACUUAAGGAUUUAAUCAGGGAGUCGACAUCCGAAUCAACAGACAUCAUAUAAGAAGCAACUGACAGUUGCUUACAGAUGAAACUGGAAACUUUCUGUUCCUCAGCAGGCAACAUACUGUUGUUGAUGCACAUCAUGAACACUGUGCCGGUUGUAUAAAAAUGUUUUUGGUUUUGUUUCAUGCAUUGCUUAGAGCAGGAGCUCUUAAACCAGCCCUCAACAAAAUAAAGGGAAGGUGCAGCCCACACUCCUAUGCUAUGAAUGGAUUUGUGUCCUUUUGCAGCCCAGCUGAUAAAGUUUACAUUUUCGGCAUUUAGCAGACACUUUUUAUCCAAAGCGACUUACAGUUGUAACUGAACACAAUGCAAGCAAUUGAGCGUUAAGGGCCUUGCUCAGGGGCCUAACAGUGGCAAUUUGGCAGUGAUGGGGCUUGAACCAGCAACCUUCUUAUUACUAGUCCAGUACCAGUACUGAUUUAGAGAAUAAGGCUUGGUCAGGUAUAUAUCCCUUUAGGAUUGAUAAGUUAUUUGCUGUGAAGGUGUCUGAAUCCUAAAUAUUUUAAUCAAAAAAACUUUCACUAAACAUAUUUCACUAAAUCUAAUCAUAAACACUAACAUUCAGACUGUAUGUGUUUUUAAUUGUAUUACAUAUCACUAUAAAGUCUUAGGGUAUGUUCACACUGCAGGUAAAAGUGGCCCACGUUCAAUGUUGGUAGUUUGUUUCUUUGUUCAUUUCGUCAUCAGCAAAAAUCACGUUAAAUGGACCACAGCAAUUCAAAUCAUUUUGCUAUAUUAUCCAAACACAGAACAUUUGAAUUCUAAUUCACCAACAAAUUUGUACUGCCUCAGCCAAAAAUAACAUUAGCAGUGGCACUACAUUAUGGUUUCGCACCUAGCAAGUACAGUAUAUAACCAAUCAAAGAGAAUAAUUAAUGAUCAUAAACCCUUUAAUGUUUCACAUUAGUAAUAGGGAUUUAUUUAGUAAUGCAUUUUUAUGCUGGUAUUUGGCUAAAUGUCAUUAGACUUGCUGUCCACAUAAGUUCAUCCACAUGGUUUCCUUCACUUCAAAUGCAGGUUGAUUGAUGUUGAUGACUAAUUAGGACGUGGCAUCUUAAUGUAUGAUAUGUCAGUAUUAUAAAAAUUACAAUUUGGACUCUGGCAGCACUAUAGUGAAUUAAUCUCAUUUGAAGGAUUAUCCAGCUAGUAUGGUUUUCUUAACUAGUGUUGAGUUAAGGACAAGUUAAGACUAUUUUUAAUUUCAUUGUCAUCAACUGCUUUAUCCUGGUCAGAGUUGCAGCAUGUUCGGUUUUACUGGGUAACACUGGGCGCAGUGCAGGAAUACCCUGGACAGGGCAGGUAACAAUGUCUGUGUAGACGCCUGGAUGGCCCGAUAGCAUUACUGACGUUCGAACGCGGAUCUUAGUGGUGGGCCAAUAUAAUAGACCAUUUCUACAUCUGAGCACAUUAGGAUAAUAAUGAUCCAAAAUUAAAAUAAAAAAAUGGAAUCAGCGAAUCAGAAUUGAGCGAAUAACCUUGCAGUGUGAAUAUACCUUAAUAGUGUAUUAAAAUCUAUUUUAAUUGUCCUUCAAAUGUGUUGCUUAUUUUUAAAAACAGGCAUUUUGUUUAAGUAUGUGGUUUUUAGCCAGUGUGACUUCUCCCGUUUUGCAUUACAUUAUUAGUUUGAAAACCAUUGUGGUUUUGUACUGCCUUGUGUAUAGUUUUUAAUUCUAGUCUGAUGUAUUUUUUACCCAGUAUGCCUGGAACUGCAUGCAUCGUUAUUCUUACAGUAGCCCUCUCUUUUAUUUUCCAGUCUGAUUGUUGUAAUUUAACAGGGCUGCAUUAUGUUGAUUAACUUGUUUGUAAAUGAUGUAAUUAAUUAUCAAUAGAGACAUAAAUGUUUUGGUACUUUUUCUCCAUCCUCCAUCCUCUGUACCAUGGCUUUUUGGAUGUGUUUGUUCUGGCAGUGUAAAGCAAGAGUGUUAAAUCAUGUCAUCCCUUUCUCUCUUACAUUGCUUGCAAGUUUGGAAAAAGGCUGCAUGCUGUUUUCUCUUUGGUCAGCAUUUUACUGACCUACCCAUCUGUAGAUAAUGUAUUUUUGUAUAUGAUGUGAGACAUUUUCAAUUCUUGAAAAUAAACCUAUU